AUGGUUCUCGUUUGUUUCUUGGUUGAUCUACGAAGCCUAUCGCCUUCAUUGCUAAGAGACAUAAAGCAGUCACUGUUACAGAUGGCUAAUUUCUACACUAUUUCGUCAAGUUGGAGGAGUAAAUCGGAUUCUCUCAGAGACCGAGUUGGUUUGUGCUACGUCAUCAAAAACCGCGUUUCUUCUUCCGAUGAGCUAAAGGUGGCGUAUAGUCCAAGAGGAGACUUCAGUCUUCGUGAUUUUCACCAUGCUGUUAAUAGUUUACCCACCGAUUCGUUUUCCCCUGAGAUCAACGAGUCUGGAUCUACCUCUUGCAACGAUGUGAAACUUGCAAGUGUCUUGAGUGAUCAAGUUUUAUAUUCUUGGGGAGGGAGAGAUAUCGUGCGAAAAGUGAUUGUAUUGAGUUCAUGUUUACCUGAAACUAUGGACUGUCCCUUGAAAGAAACUCUUACGGACGCUGCAGAUAAGUGCGUUUCUGUCGAGUUCAUUUUCCUUGAGCAAAGAUCAAACCAUCUUAGUGAUAUAAGGGCAAAUAUCAACACCUUUUCCACAUGCAUAUCUGAUCUUGACAACUGCUCCUUUCAAUGCUGCCUUCCAGAGGCCAAAGUAUUUCUCAGCUUGGUGAAACGAUGGCUACAAGAUCUAAGGGACGACAUGGAAGAGCCAUUGCAGGCUCAUUUCAUCUUUAAUAGUAACCUAGGUUCAUUGAAGCAGAUAUCCUGCAAUUUAUCUACUUCUGUCAAUCAAAUAAUUGAUGGAUUCAAUCCUUGUAAGACGUGCAGGUGCCAUGGUGCACCAUUGGACAAUGCAGGAAAAACUAGGGUUGAAAGGCCUUCAUGUCAAUUCACUGGCCAUGAACUUGGGACUUUUGAGGUGAUUGACAAUUCUUUGAAGGUAGGAGAAAACACAAUCCUGUAUAUGCCCUCUUUUCAGACCUCUCUGAAACUCCAUCAGGCUUCUUCACCUGUCAACUUCAAUAUAAUAGACAGAAUCAACUUAGGGUCUCUAAGUGAAGGAGUUAUAUUUGGGAAUCCCUAUUUUGUAACUCCAUCGGCUUCUCCAGAGAUAGAAGCUGCUUCAGAUGAAAUGGAUCAGCUAGAAUUGAAUGCUCAAUUUUUCAAAGGGCUUUGCAGUGCUCUACAUUCAUUAGAUCAAGGCUUGGUAUGCUCUUCAUAUUGCAAUCUAGAAACAAUGAGGGAGGCGACGUUCCAUUGCUAUUAUAUUCUUCAACCUUCAGAUAAUGGACCAAUGCUUCUCAGGCGCCUUGCAGGAUCAGAGGAAGUGUUGCCUUUUUCUGAUGUCAAUCGAUUUAUUGCUUAUUCAGUGCCCAAGGAGAUUGAGAUUGCCAUACACUCCUCCUUAUCCAAGCUGGAACCAAGAGACUACAAUCCAGUCCUGUAUGAUAGAGGUUUCCAUAAAAAACUCAACUUGCUUGUAAAAGAGAGCUUGCAAUUUGGGUAAUCAUGUUCACAUCUUCUUUAAACUGUCCAUAUAAAUUAGUCAUUAGAAAUCUAGCUUGUUUAGAUUUUCAAUUUUUCUUUAAGUAUUUGUGUCUUACAAUUGU